AUGGCUAGCAAGUUACCCACCCGCCGUCUCGGCCGCGACGGCCCCGAGAUCCCGGUUCUCGGUCUCGGACUUAUGGGUUUAAGCUCGUUCUACGGAACUCCUCCCCCUGAUGAAGAGCGUCUAAAAUUCCUCGAUAGAGCAUACGAACUGGGUUGCACGCAUUGGGAUUCUGCGGCGCUCUACGGAGAUAGCGAAGAGCUGUUGGGCAAAUGGUUUCAGCGAACGGGAAAGCGCAAUGAGAUCUUCCUCGCCACCAAGUUUGGCAAUCACGUUACACCAGAAGGUGGUCGGGAGAUCCGGAAUGAACCUGAGUACAUCCGGCAAUCAGUUCUUACGAGUCUUGAACGGGUAAAGACGGAUUACAUUGACCUUCUUUAUUGCCAUCGCUUCAGUGGCAAGACUCCAGUGGAGGACAUCGUCGCGACGAUGAAAGAAUUUAUUGACUCAGGAAAAGUGCGAUAUCUGGGUCUCAGCGAAUGCGGCGUGGAUACGCUACAACGGGCAAGCAAGAUCCAUCAGAUAUCAGCUUAUCAGAUCGAGUACAGUCCAUUCUCCAUGGAAAUUGAGAAAGAAGAAGUGGGCUUGUUGAAGACGUGCCGCGAGCUUGGAAUAGCCACGAUUGCGUAUUCUCCGUUGGGCCGCGGGAUGCUGACCGGGCAAUACAAGUCGAUCGACGACUUCGAUGAAAACGACUUCAGGCGCUCCAUCCCAAGAUUCUCUGCCGAGAACUUCGAUAAGAACAUCCAGUUGGUCAACACCCUCAAGUCUAUGGCGGACAAGAAGGGGUGUACUCCCGGUCAGCUGACCUUGGCAUGGAUGAUGGACCAGGGCGAUGAUAUCUUCCCUAUUCCCGGAACGAAAAAGAUUCCAUACCUAGAGGAGAAUGUUGGUGCCUGCCAAGUCUCUUUUACACCGGCUGAGAAUGCCCAGAUCAGGCAGGCAAUUGAGAAUGCCGAGGUACAUGGCACUCGCGUGGCAGAGUCAUUGAUGGGUGCGCUCGUAAUGGAUACACCGCAACCUCAGUAGUAAUUUCAAAGCAAUUUUAUGCAACC